CCUCAACUACAAGACUCAUAUGACCGUAAAAGCAAGAGAGAGAAGAGAAAACAGCCACUAUUAAAGAAUGAAAUAAAGAGGAAAAAAGCUAGUCAAUUGUUUAACUUACACACACUAUCUCUCUCUCCUCUCUCAAAUUCUCUAAAAUUGGCAUUGGGCAGAUGAAAAACAUCGCCAUCUUCUUCUAUAUCUGUUGACUAUUUCUCUCUCAGUCAUUCACUCACUCACUCACUCACUCUUCAUCUUCUUCUGUUUCAUGCAAGAUUCAAAGACCUCACCUGCAAGAAAACCUUGGUACCAGAGAGCAAUGGCGGUGGCGAGAAUGGCGACGAAUUGGAGAACAGUAGUCCCUAAACAUCCGCCGGAAAUUCGUCCGUCGCGAAACCCUAGCGUCAACAAAUCGAAUCAUCACCAGCAGCUGAGAAAAUGCACGUCUCUCAAGGUAGCCGCGAACUCCUUCACUAGGGUUUGUCUCUGCGCUCCGAUCGGUCCAUACGACGACGUAUUCCGGCAUUACGUCCCGCCGAGAAGAAGCUCAAGCUAUCCUCCGUCGAAGCCUCUUCCGGUGGUGACGGAGACGGCGAGGAUGAGCAUUGAUACAGGGAGGAGGAUUUUUAGAGGGAAAUCGUUGACGGAGAACGCGUUGAUGAGGAGAUUCGUGGUGGCGGAAGAAGAAGCAAUGAUGGAGAGUAGAAGGAGAGAUCAGAUGGAGAUUGUGAGGAAGAGAAAUCAGAUGAGGAGGAAGAAGAAGCUUGGUCCUAGUCCUCUUAGUCGCAUGGUUAUCGCUGAAGAUGAUGAACAAGUUUUUCAUCAAUGAAACUUUUAUCUCAACAAGUGCAAGAUUUUGCCUUUUUUUUGUAAUUGUGUUUGGUUUUUUAACACAGAGAUAAUUGAAUUAAAAUAGUUUAUUAGUAAUUAAUUGUCUAUUUGGUGCGCU